GUGUCUGACCCGCGGCCUCUCCGUUCCGGCUCCUCGUAGGCGAUGCCGAUGCCGAGGCCGUGACUGACACGCUCGCUCACACAAACGCACGGACCCAGACCCGCGCCCAGAGUCCGAGCCCUGGGCCCGGAACCACUCUCGCUCCCAGAACCGCGGCCAGAGUCCGGACCACGGCUCCCGCGCCGUCGCCGCCUAGCCGAGAAGGGCUGCGCCGGACUUGGAGCGCGGCGGCCCCCGGCCGGCAGGGAUGGAGAAGCGGGCGGGAGGAGGAGCAGGAGCAGCCGCCGCCUCCACGUCCGCCGGGGCCGGGCUGGAUCCAGCAGCCGGCCGCGGCUGGGGCCCGCGGAGCGCGGCCGCUGGCCUCCUGGGAGCGCUGCACCUGGUGAUGACUCUGGUGGUGGCCGCGGCGCGGGCCGAGAAGGAAGCAUUCAUUCAGUCAGAGAGUAUAAUAGAAGUCCUGCGUUUUGAUGAUGGAGGGCUACUACAGACUGAAACAACACUUGGACUCAGUUCAUAUCAACAGAAAAGUAUAUCUCUAUACCGGGGUAAUUGCAGGCCCAUACGAUUUGAGCCACCAAUGCUGGAUUUCCAUGAACAGCCAGUUGGAAUGCCAAAAAUGGAAAAAGUCUACUUACAUAAUCCUAGUUCUGAAGAAACUAUUACUUUAGUAUCAAUAUCUGCUACAACAUCACAUUUUCAUGCAUCAUUUUUUCAAAAUAGGAAAAUUCUUCCAGGAGGAAAUACAUCAUUUGAUGUAGUUUUUCUUGCAAGAGUAGUAGGAAAUGUAGAAAAUACUUUAUUUAUUAACACAUCUAAUCAUGGGGUAUUUACUUACCAGGUAUUUGGUGUUGGAGUUCCAAAUCCAUACCGAUUGAGGCCAUUCCUUGGGGCCAGAGUCCCUGUGAAUAGCAGUUUCUCACCUAUAAUAAACAUCCACAACCCUCACAGCGAGCCUUUGCAGGUUGUAGAGAUGUACUCCAGUGGAGGAGACCUGCAUCUGGAACUCCCAACAGGCCAACAAGGAGGGACCAGGAAACUGUGGGAAAUUCCUCCUUAUGAAACUAAAGGGGUGAUGAGAGCCAGUUUUUCAUCCAGAGAAGCAGAUAAUCACACAGCCUUCAUAAGAAUAAAGACAAAUGCAUCAGACAGCACAGAGUUUAUCAUUCUUCCUGUUGAAGUUGAAGUUACAACAGCUCCAGGUAUUUAUUCCUCAACUGAAAUGUUAGAUUUUGGUACACUGCGAACACAAGAUCUACCAAAAGUUUUAAAUCUUCAUUUAUUAAAUUCAGGAACAAAAGAUGUACCAAUAACAAGUGUUCGACCAACACCACAAAAUGAUGCUAUAACGGUACACUUUAAACCAGUCACAUUAAAAGCUUCUGAAAGUAAAUACACCAAGGUUGCGAGCAUUAGUUUUGAUGCCUCAAGGGCAAAAAAACCAUCUCAGUUUUCUGGGAAAAUAACUGUUAAAGCAAAGGAAAAGAGUUAUUCUAAACUCGAAAUACCAUAUCAAGCAGAAGUUUUAGAUGGUUAUUUGGGAUUUGAUCAUGCUGCAACUUUAUUUCACAUCCGAGACAGUCCUGCUGAUCCUGUGGAAAGGCCAAUUUACCUAACUAACACUUUCAGUUUUGCAAUCCUCAUUCAUGAUGUGUUACUACCACAAGAAGCCAAAGCAAUGUUUAAAGUUCACAACUUCAGCAAACCAGUCUUAAUUCUUCCUAAUGAAUCAGGAUACAUUUUUACUCUGCUUUUUAUGCCGUCUACAUCAUCCAUGCACAUAGAUAAUAACAUUUUACUUAUUACCAAUGCUUCCAAAUUCCAUUUACCUGUACGGGUAUAUACAGGGUUUUUAGAUUACUUUGUAUUGCCCCCCAAAAUAGAAGAACGUUUCAUAGAUUUUGGAGUACUGAGUGCUACAGAAGCAAGUAAUAUUUUAUUUGCAAUUAUAAACAGCAAUCCAAUUGAGUUGGCUAUAAAAAGUUGGCAUAUCAUAGGAGAUGGAUUAUCAAUAGAACUUGUAGCUACAGAAAAAGGCAAUAGAACUACAAUAAUUUCAAGCCUUUCAGAGUUGGAAAAAUCCUCUUUAUCAGACCAGUCAUCAGUUAUAUUAGCUUCAGGCUAUUUUGCGGUAUUCAGAGUCAAACUUACUGCAAAAAAACUAGAAGGGAUUCAUGAUGGAGCCAUACAAAUCACAACAGACUAUGAGAUCCUGACCAUCCCUGUCAAGGCUGUGAUUGCAGUGGGCUCUCUGACCUGCUUCCCUAAGCACAUGGUUCUUCCUCCUUCCUUUCCAGGGAAAAUAGUUCAUCAGAGUUUAAAUAUUAUGAAUUCCUUCUCACAGAAGGUAAAGAUACAGCAAAUACGAUCUUUGUCAGAAGAUGUGCGAUUUUACUACAAACGAUUACGGGCUAAUAGGGAAGACUUGGAGCCAGGAAAAAAGUCCAAGAUUGCAAACAUUUAUUUUGAUCCUGGACUGCAGUGUGGGGAUCAUUGCUAUAUUGGCUUGCCUUUUCUAUCCAAAUCCGAACCCAAAGUUCAGCCUGGGGUGGCCAUGCAGGAAGAUAUGUGGGAUGUUGACUGGGACUCACAUCAAAGCCUAUUCAGAGCAUGGACAGGAAUAAAGGAAAAGUCAGGUCAUAGAUUGAGCGCUGUAUUUGAAGUAAAUACAGACCUUCAGAAAAAUAUAGUAUCAAAAAUCACUGCCGAGCUCUCCUGGCCUUCCAUACUUGGUUCACCCCGGCACUUGAAAUUCCCACUCACUAAUACAAACUGCUCCUCAGAAGAAGAGAUUACCUUAGAAAAUCCUGCAGAUGUUCCUGUCUAUGUUCAGUUUGUUCCUCUGGCUUUAUAUUCCAACCCUUCAGUCUUUGUAGAUAAGUUAGUCUCAAGGUUUAACUUGAGUAAGGUGGCAAAGAUAGAUUUGAGAACACUAGAAUUCCAAGUCUACAGAAACAGUGUUCAUCCUCUGCAGAGUUCAACAGGAUUUACGGAGGGCCCCUCUCGACAUUUCAUUUUAAACCUAAUUUUAAAACCUGGAGAAAAGAAAUCUGUCCAAGUAAAGUUUACUCCAGUUCACAACAGAACUGUUUCUUCACUAAUCAUAGUCAGAAAUAACCUGACCGUGAUGGAUGCUGUGAUGGUCCAAGGACAAGGAACAACCGAGAACUUGAGGGUGGCAGGCAAGCUUCCAGGUCCAGGAAGCUCCUUACGCUUUAAAAUCACAGAAGCAUUGUUAAAGGAUUGUACAGACGGUCUGAAACUAAGAGAACCAAAUUUCACAUUGAAAAGAACUUUUAAAGUAGAAAAUACAGGACAACUUCCAAUCCACAUAGAAACCAUUGAAAUCAGUGGAUAUGCAUGUGAGGGCUAUGGCUUUAAAGUUGUUAAUUGUCAAGAGUUUGCACUAAGUGCCAACGCCUCUAGAGACAUAGUCAUAUUGUUUACCCCUGACUUCACCGCUUCUAGAGUUAUUCGUGAAUUAAAGUUUGUAACAACCAGUGGCUCUGAGUUUGUGUUCGUAUUGAAUGCGUCCCUCCCGUACCACAUGUUAGCAACCUGUGCAGAAGCCCUGCCCAGGCCUAACUGGGAACUAGCUCUGUACAUCAUCAUCUCAGGAAUAAUGAGUGCACUCUUUCUCCUGGUCAUUGGAACAGCCUAUUUGGAAGCUCAAGGAAUCUGGGAGCCAUUUCGAAGGCGACUGUCUUUUGAAGCUUCAAAUCCACCCUUUGACAUGGGAAGGCCAUUUGAUCUCAGGAGAAUCGUCGGCAUUUCAUCUGAAGGAAACUUGAACCUCGGCUGUGACCCCAGUCAUGGUAGAGGCUUCUGUGGAGCAGGUGGCUCAUCAUCCCGACCUGGUGCAGGGAGUCACAAGCAAUGUGGCCCAUCGGUCCACCAGCACAGCAGCCACAGCAAUAGAAAUUCAGCUGACGUGGACACCAUCAGAGCCAAAAACAGUUCCAGUACCUCAAGCAGGACUUCUGCACAAGCAGCCUCCUCACAGUCUAUGGGCAAAGCAAGUCCCCUUAUCGUAGAGGCAAAUGCAGUGACCCAGGGCCACACAGCAGGCAGAAAGUCCAAAGGGGCAAAGCAGAACCAGCAUAGUGGCCAGCACCAUGGCCACAGCCCACUGGAGCAGCACUCGCAGCCACCACCACCACCACCGCCAGUGCCUCAGCACCAGGAGCCACAGCCUGAGCAAUUGUCACCCGCCCCCCUUACACACCCUUCCCACCCAGAACGUGCCAGCAGCACAAGGCACAGCUCAGAGGACUCAGACAUCACCAGUCUCAUUGAAGCCAUGGACAAAGACAUCGACCACCAGGACUCCCCACCCCUAGAAGUGUUUACAGAGCAGCCUCCAUCGCCACUGUCAAAAAGCAAAGGGAAAGGAAAACCUCUUCAGCGCAAGGUUAAACUGCCUAAGAAGCAAGAGGAAAAGGAAAAGAAGGGAAAGGGAAAACCCCAAGAUGAUGAGCUGAAAGACUCUUUGGCUGAUGACGACAGCUCCUCCACCACCACAGAGACCUCAAACCCUGACACAGAGCCGCUCCUCAAGGAGGACACGGAAAAGCAAAAGGGAAAACAAGCCAUUCCUGAAAAACAUGAAAGUGAAAUGUCUCAAGUGAAGCAAAAGAGCAAAAAACUUGUUCAUGUUAAGAAAGAAAUCCCAACAGAUGUGAAACCCAGUUCUUUAGAAAUACCGUGUACUCCCCCACUGGAAAGUAAACAACGGAGAAAUCUGCCAACCAAGAUUCCUCUUCCAACCCCAUUGACAAGUGGAUCCAAGUCACGAAGUUCCCAGAAAACAAAAGGUACAAAUAAGUUAGUGGACAACAGACCACCCGCCCUAGCAAAAUUCCUCCCAAACAGUCAAGAACUGGGCAACACCAGUAGCUCAGAGGGUGAAAAGGACUCUCCUCCUCCAGAGUGGGAUGCCAUACCAGUUCACAAGCCCGGCAGCUCUACUGACAGUCUUUAUAAACUUUCUCUGCAAACCCUCAACGCAGACAUUUUCUUAAAACAACGCCAGACCUCACCGACACCCACCUCUCCAUCACCUCCCACUGCCCCUUGCCCAUUCACAUCCCGGGGCAGCUACAGCAGCAUUGUCAACAGCACCUCCACCAGUGAUCCAAAAGCAAAGCAGCUGAACAGCAGCAAAAACAAGUUGACAAAAGCAGCCUCACUGCCUGGCAAAAACGGCAACCCCACCUUUGCCGCUGUCACAGCGGGUUACGACAAGAGCCCUGGUGGGAAUGGCUUUGCUAAAGUGUCUUCAAACAAAAUAGAUUUUUCCAGCAGCCUUGGCAUCUCACACAUUCCUGUUGACAGCGAUGGCUCAGACAGCUCGGGUCUGUGGAGCCCCGUCAGCAACCCAAGCAGCCCUGACUUCACCCCCCUCAAUUCGUUCUCCGCCUUUGGAAAUUCUUUUAAUCUAACCGGUGAAGUUUUCAGCAAACUCGGGUUACCGCGAUCCUGCAAUCAGGCCUCACAGAGGAGCUGGAAUGAGUUUAGCAGUGGCCCUUCAUACCUGUGGGACGCACCAGCCACAGAUCCUAGCCCCUCCUGGCCAGCUAGUUCCAGCUCCCCGACCCACACGGCCACCUCGAUCCUUGGCAACACCAGCGGCCUGUGGUCUACUACUCCAUUCAGCAACUCGAUCUGGUCCAGCAACCUCAACAGUGCCCUUCCCUUCACAACUCCAGCAAACACACUGUCAGGCAUCAGCCUCUUGGGUGCAGAAAACUCCCCCACCUCGCACUCUGCCAACACCUCCAGUCCAGCUGAUGACUUGGGACAGACCUAUAACCCCUGGAGGAUAUGGAGCCCCACAAUUGGAAGAAGAAGCUCCGACCCUUGGUCGAAUGCACACUUCCCUCAUGAGAAUUGAAAUUAGGCAAAAAGCAAAUUGUGGGGGCCCCUUGUCAAGAUGGCAAGAGCCCAGGUUUGAGACAGCUCUUUCAGGCUCUUACUGUUGUUGCUCCCACCCCUCCCUUCUCAUCCUUGCCAAACAGACCCAGCAGGGCAGGCUUGCACCACUCGCUUCUUUCAGAUCUCUCUUGCAAUUAAUGAUAAUAUGAGAUUUGCUGUUGUGCUUUUAGAGAAAAGUUUGGGCUCAGCCACGAACCCUACUAAGACCUGUACGUGUGAGAACCGUAACUGCUCCCCGUGUUCCUUACCUGUCUUCUCCACGCUUUCUUUACCUAUCUGAACACAGACUUGGCAUUGCCGCUAAGGGGGUAAUUUGAGUUGAUUCCGAAGUACUGGCAUGUUGACAAUUUUACUAAAUUACCAAGUUUGGUUUUUAAUAACUUCACAAUAUUAUGCGCCAAGAUCUAAUUUUAAAAAUGUAUGAAGACUUUGUGCUGAAAAUACAGAGUAUUUUUUUAAAGUAAGGCUGUCUUGGUUUAAAGCAGAUUACAGAAAUGUAUGUCAGCUUACAAGCAGUGGAUGAAUGUAAAAACAUUCGGUUGAGACCAUACGCAUUUUCUGUGCUGUUUGUACUUGAGGUAUGUAACAUUUGUAUACCUGAAUUUAUUUUAAAGAUAAACUGAAAUGCACAUAGCCAAGUCUUGAGAUACAAGAUUGAAUGUGUAUUUCUUAAAAAUACAACUUUGUGUUGUACUUUGAAAUAAAUGAUGCUUUUUUCAAAAGCC